GACGACGACGGCGGCGGCCAGAGCCAGUCGAUUGGAGUGCCCGGACCGACCCGGAUCUGCCGCCGCCUCCGACGAAACACACGCACGCAACACCAGCUCCGAACGCCGACCGAACGGCACGCCCCUUUUUGAAACAUACGACUAAAGAAAUAUUCAAAUCUUAAUCCUCGACAUCUGGAUCAAAACGCAGUGAUGCGCGAAAACAUGUGAACGAAAAAAAAGGAAAACUCGAAUCAGGGGAGAGAAAAUUGCGGACGAAAAAAAAAUCCUGUGCAGAAACGAACAUCAAUUAAAUUUACUUGGACGUAGCGUCAUGAACGGACUUCGUAAUGGACUGCGUGGUCCUGUCCAAAUACUGGUACUGCACAUCCUGAUCUUCAUUGGAAGCAAGGAAGCUUUAAUCCUGAAGAAUCUCUCCGUGCCUUUGGUCGCUGAUCCCAGAGAAGACAUGAACCUGGACUGCAUCUUCGAUAUGGGCAACGAAGUCAUGUACGCUGUCAAAUGGUACAAAGAUGAUCAUGAAUUCUUCAGGUUCAUGCCUCACCAGCAACCCCACACAAUGACAUUCCCUGUGGCCGGGGUGCAUUUGGUGCCUGGGUCGACGGAUUGCGGCGAGGACAGUUGCAAGGUUCGUCUGACCCGUCUCACCAGAGACCACAGCACCGGCUCCUACAGAUGCGAGAUCUCCACCGAAGCUCCAUCCUUCCGGCUGGCCUCCAUCACACACAGCGUCACCGUAGCCGCGAUGCCUCGUGACCAGCCACGAAUCGAAGGAGCAGGCAACAGCUACUACGUUGGUGAUAUUCUUGUUGCUGACUGCACCUCCGCCCCCGCGGAUCCGACACCCGUCGUCGUCUGGUACAUCAACAAUAAAACGGUAUCGUCAGAUUUCUUGGGUGAAGCGACGACCUCUGCUCAAGACAGGUAUGGCUUAUCAUCACGAACCGCCAGCCUCCGGUUCGCAUUGCAUCGGAACCACACGGGCCAUCUGGAGCUCCGCUGCGAGGUAUUCCUGCCGUCGGUGCCGAUGAGGCCGCAGACCAUCACGAAAGUAAUCCCGAUAAAGACGCAUUUGCCGCAGGUGAACAACGAGAAACUCCAUUGGCCGAAUUCGUCGAGCUCGCCGCCACGGAUGAGCCUUAUCUUAAUCUUAUUGCUGGCCGGCUUCAGAUGGCGUCAAUCCUGUUAGGAUUUACUUCAAUUGCAAGCCUCAGCGAAAUUGGACUCCUUCGCUGCCGGCCGCGCUAUCUCAACGGCUGAGAUCUGCAGAUAAACCCGAACUAAAUACAAAGAGUCGAACGAUAUAAAAUCAGCAAACAUCGGCCCCUAAUUGCGUUCGCCCAUCCAAUGUGCGUGGAAUUUAUUAUUUCUCAACGUCAAACCAUUCGUUCGUGCAUAUUGGGCAUAUCUUCAGAAUGAAAUUAAACCAUCUUAUUCUGAAGAUAUCAGUUUUCUAGUUCAACCAUUCGUGAGUAAUAAAAUACAUAUUUUUGUUAUGAAAGAUCACACAUAUUUUCUUUGGGUUUGUACAUACUGACUAUUCGUUACAUACAUUACUUGCGUUUAGGUAACUUUGGGCACCUUCGAUAAUAUUACUUGAGAGAUUAAAAUGAACAUAUGUUAAUAAUAAGUAAACCUGCACUUUAAUAGAUCUUUGUGAUAUUUAGUUAAAUAA